CUGAUACACACAUCGAUAGUAGUGGUGGUUGAGUAUUUUGUUUUGUAUAUUUUCGGCAUUAAUUUCACUGAAAAGUAUAUUUAUUAGUGAAAUAUUAUUAAAAAAUAAAAUGUAUGUUUUUUUCAAUAUUUUCAUGCUGCCUGGAUUUUUAUCUUAUACUUUUCUUGAUUUGGAAAUUUUUUCUGCGGUUAAUCAUUAAACGAAAUGCAAAAACAUUUUAAAUAAUGUCUAAUUCUGACUACAUAGCCUUAGCUUUAAAAGCCGAAGAAGAGGAGAGGAAUUCAACACACAACACACGACUUUGUUGCUGUGAAUAUUUGGAUCAGCAGCAACAAAGAAAUCAUAUAUUGGCCUGCUGCUGUAAUUGUCAGGACUUUGAUUUAGUGUUUACUAGUUUUAUAACUUGCCAACGGGUGAAUAAGCAGAAUAAACAAAACAUGCUGUUAACAUUCCAGGAUAGGUUGCGUAUACCAUGGCGCGGUGGUGCCAAACGUAUUUCCAUGGAAGCAGUUAUACCGGGUGUGAUAUAUCCAUUGGUUAUCGGUUUGGCUGCGUUGAAUGAGAUAACAUCGUACAUUAUGUUGGGUGCUUGUGUAGUUUUCUUGGCCUAUGCCCAUCAUUUUGUAAAACGCAAUCAUGUUAAGACAAAAUUCUUUUUUAUGUGGAUGAUCUGGUCUGUGGUGUAUUUGGUCAUGGGUCUAGAGUUUGCUCUGCCGCUGCUGGAACUCUUGCCAGAGGAAAAUUUCAUACUGGUGGUAAUGGCUUGCAUAACGGUCUACUUGAUGUAUUUGACACGUAAAAACUCUACAGCUUGUCAUGAUUUACCAUCGCGGUCUAAUGAAGAUGACCUAGCCGAUAUUUCAGAAGCCACCGCCGCCGAGGAAGAAGAGGAAGCUGCUGCCCAUACAGCCCUCUUAAUAGAUAACGAUUCUCCUCGUAAGUCUUUACACAACCGUGGCACACAUCAGCAUCAAACAAAUAUGUGUCACGUAUGCCGUAAAUAUGUCUCGGCCCGCACUAUACAUUGUCAUGUUUGCAACGCUUGCAUAAUGCUGCACAGUCAUCACAGCUAUUGGUUGGACUGUUGCAUUGGCCAAUAUAAUCUGCGUUACUAUACGGCCAGCAUGAUUAUGGGCGUUUUAACACUGGUAUUUGGUGUCAAUCUAACCCUUACUGCUAUUUGUCAUCCGCUACUAAUUGGACGUAUUUGGAAUAUACCCAUUACAUUGCCCGAUGAUUGCAGUGAAGUUUUCGAUGAGUAUACCUUGGGAAUAUGUUAUGUUUUAUCUAUAUAUGCCAUUAUUAUAUUGACUUAUCAAUUAUUUUCCUUACUCUUUCAAAUAAUCAAAUGUACACGAGAUCCGGUACAUUUUAUAUUUGGCGAUAUGUCUCAGCCGUUUUCUAAAAUUUAUAAAAAAUUAAGUACAUAAAUGAAUGGUGGUAUUGCAGGUCAACAAAAUUUAUUUAAAUGGACUAAUAUCUAAUAGGAUUUAUGUAACAUUUUUUAAGAAGUCUUGAUUUAAUUAAAAAAAUUUCACAAAUAUGGACUGAAAUAAUAUUUGUUUGAUAAACGGUUCCAACAAGAGCCCAGUGCUUCGUUUCUGUAACUCUCGCAUCGAGAAGUUUCUCGCAUGAAACAGUGAAAUUGAAGAAAAAAC